UUCUUUCAGGUUUAGAGAGCACUUUACUUACAUCAUAUCAGUUGAGUCUCAUAAACAUCCUGUGAGUCAGAUAUUAUCAUCACCCUGAUGUUACAGAGAAGUUAAAUGACUUUCAUGUGAAUGCAAUGGAAUAUUAUUGAUCCACAAAGAAUGACAAAUAUGAACACUUUAUACAACAUGGGAAGAGAGGCAGCACUGCAUAAUAGAUACUGGGCUGGGUUUAAAUCCUGCUUCAGUCCCCUUAGCUAUUUAAUCAUGGCAAGUCAUUUAUUUGUUGUUGUCCAGUCAUGUUGUAUUCUAUGUAAUCCUAUGGACAAAGUUCAUGGGAUUUUCUUGGCAAAAACAUUGGAGUGGUUUACCAUUUCCUUCUCCAGUAUAUCUCCAUUUUAUAGAUGAGGAACUAAGGCAAAAAGGGUGACUUGCCCAGGGUCUCACAGCUAGUAAGCGUCUGAGGUUGCAUUUGAAUUCAGAUCUUCCUGACUCGAGGCCCUGUGCUGAGGCUCUGUGCUCUAUCCACUAUGCUACCUAGCUUCCCCAUUGCAUUCACAUGUUGAAAUUAUUUAGUCUUCAAUGAUUAUAUAUUUGUUUUUUUCUAUUUAUGUAGUGUGUUUCUCAUUCUGUUGCUUAGACCAACUCAUUUCAGGAAUAUAUCAUACUAUAUUCAUUUUUAAUUUUAGAAAAGUGUUUUUUACUGAGGGACACAUUCUUCUUUGAAGAUGAAGAAAGGAUAUCAGAUUGAAAAAAGCAAUCAAUCUAUGAUACCUUUAAAGUAGGAAACAGUUCAGACACAGCUGUUUAUAGAUAGUUUAAAAAGGGAAGUGGAGACUGAAGAAAAUGCACCAGUAUUUUAAGAGGAAGGAGUUUUGGGUCCUCCUACAAAUCUUGAGCUAGCUCAGCUUUAUAAUACUGUUUGAAGGGAAGGAAAUCCUUCAGGAGGAGAGCAAUCAACAGGGAAAAGAAGUUAACAUUUUGGAAAGAUGUGGGUAGCAAUGGAAAAAGUAAUUCAGAAAAGUGGGUUUGGGGGUGAGAAGAUAGAAGAGGUAAAACAAAUGUCUCAGUUUAUUUCCUUUUAAAGCUAUUUUUCCUCAAAAAACUCUUCCUUUCUUUUUCAUUAUUCUUUUUAAAAAAUGGGUCUAUAAGAUUUCUUCAGAUAGGAAGGAAUAUUUUUAAAUAGUAUUAAUUUUUCUUCAAAGAUUCUAAAAACAUUUAUUUAUGGUUAUUUAGAAACUGACUUUUAAAAUCAUCUAGCCCAAGCCUUCUUCCCUUAAUUUUAUAGCAGAGGAAACAAAUCCAAAGAAACAAAUGAUCCACCACAAGUCACCCAGCUUGAGAGUUAGGAUUCAAAUACAUGUACCCCUGUGUUUGAAACUUCAGAUCUCUAUUUCCCAUCAGGCAACACUCAAUUUGAAGUUCUUUAACUUUAACAAACUCUCCUCUUUCCUUUCCCCUUUAGUUUUCUUUUGCAUGUUGUCUGCCCCCAGAGGAUUAUAAACUCCUAGAGGAAAGAUCUUUUCCAAAUUCUGUAUUCCCAGGCUUUAUCUUCUUGACCUCUAAUAGUAUUGACUAUUUAAAUAUAAGAAUUACCUUAAUUCAAUUCUGAUAUUACAGAUAUUAUCACCCUGAUGUUACAGAUAAGUUAAAUGACUUGCAUGUGAAGUAGAUACGUGUGUGUAGGGUAUUUAUCAGUUUUAUUAAUUAGGAUCUCUGAUUUAGAACUAGUAAAGAUUACCUUGGAGGCAAUCUAAUGCAAUCACCGGUACUUUACAGAGGAUAUGUUCAACUCACAUCUAUUAAAAAAGCAAAAAAAGAAUCCAAUAAAGCUGUAUCUUGUUUUUACUGAAUUGGAAUGGAGAUAUGGAGGCAGAGGAAUUGGGUUUGAAUUCCAGCCCUCUCCUACCUGAGACUCUUCGAAGUGCUAAAUCUUAUGAAAUCUCCCGUGUGUUAAAUGUUUUGUGUAAGGAAAUCUUUAUAUUUUGAAUGCACUUUGGGGAAUUGUUCUUUAAAGAGAGACUGUAAAUAAAAAGCAAAAUAUAACAGUAAUUGUUUCUAAAUUUGCAUUUUGGCUUUUCUUUAUAAAGGUAUAGCUGUAUCUUAAAAUGACGUGUUUGAAAUGUCAUUUGUGUUUCGAACAGUUCAAAACCCUUUCACGAACUUCCCCUACCUACAUAAUCGUGCUAGUAAAAAAAAAAAAAAAAAAAAGUAAAAUUGUUUCAGUCAUUUGCCUGCAGUCACGUCCGAGUCAAAUUAGCCCCUCUCAGAUCUCCUUGAGGACAGUUCUCCAGUAUAUACAGCAAUGAUAUCAUUUAGGUGUAGAAUCCGGAAGAGAUUUACUGUUCAGAAAAUUCUAGGACUGGCAAAUAACCCCAAAGUAUUUUGGUCUUCUGACACAUCAAACCGUGACGCUCCACACUACGAAAACAAGACUUCUCGGUACGAACAGUGGCUCCUGCACUCUGGGCUGAACCGCGGUCGGACGCCGGGUCCCCUAGCCCAAGAACUCUCCGCCUCGGUGGCAGGCACAGCGGGGCGACCAGAAACGGACGAGAAUUUUGCUGGAGAAGCCAGACAAGGGAUUCCUCCCUUUCCCCCGCACACGUUUGCGGGAUUCACCCAAGUUAAGGGACUAGUUGUGUGCACCUGGCCAAGAGCCUGAGCCUGACAGAGAAGGGGCAGAGGAAUAAAUACUACGGGCAGAAGGGUUCCCACGCCUCGGACCAGCGACCCCACCUACUUAGCCUCUCUUAAAAAGGAAUUACUGCCCCAAGAGGCGGGGAGGGGGGAGGGGAGAAGGGAAAGGGGAAGAGGGUGGAGUAAGAGGGAAAGGGUGUGCGUCCCGGUACACAGUGCGGGGGAGGGGCGCACUCAGGAAGCGAAUCCUAGCCCUUCCUCUAGAGCAGGAGAGGACCCCUGAGGCCCAGGAGGCCACUCCCUCUUUUACUGGGGAGGAAACUGAGGUCGCGGAGGGUCGUUUCUGCCCAAAGAGCCAGACCUUCUGGCUUCUCUGCCUCCAACGCCCUUUCACUAGCCUCCCCUCCCCGGCAGUCCCUUGGAAGGCCACUUACAUAUUGCUGGGGGGGGGUUAGUAGAGGGGGGGUCGGAUAGCGGCGGCUGAGGAACCCCCGUUAGGAGCGCCAGCUUUGGCUCCGGGAAACCAGCCGUGUCCAGUACACACCUGAACACAAAUCUCGACCACACAAAACAGCUAAACAAAGGGAUGGGCCGGCGCCGGCUUUUCCCCGCCUCCUCCGAGAACGCCCAAGCUCCCAGAGAGGUGACACCUAGGGGACUUUGCCUUCUCACUCCCCUCCCCCUCUCGAGAGCCGCUUCCUCUUCCACGCUGUUUCCCCCUUUAAGAGAGGGCUCCGCGGGACUAACGUUCGAAUCUGCCCUGUCUCCCGUCCUCGGCUUUUGAUUGGUUUAUCCGGGCGCACGAGGGAGCGCGAGCUCUCCCCGAACCGGUCGGAACGGUCGCUAGUCCCUCCUGAUUGGCUGGCGCGAGAGGGCUAUAUAAAGCCGCCGGGUCGCCCGUCUCCUCUCAGUUAGCGGCGGGACUGGUUGCUAAGCUGCUGUGUCGUCUGUCGUGGCCGUGAGAAAGGGGGUCAGAGCUCGCGUCGCCGUUGUCCUGGUUGUUUGUUCAGUCGGUUUGGGCUGAGGGAGGAGCUGACGCGUCCCCGCCUCCGGCCCCACACCCUCACCGUUGACGGGACGAGAGGGAAGCCCCCCGUGAGUCAGACGCCUUAGAGCUGCGGAGGCGCCGGAGCGAGGGACGAUGGAGUUCAAACUGGAGGCUCACCGGAUCGUCAGCAUCUCCCUGGGCAAGAUCUACAACUCGAGGGUUCAGCGCGGCGGCAUCAAACUUCACAAGAACCUACUGGUGUCCUUGGUGCUGCGCAGCGCCCGCCAGGUCUACCUGAGCGACCCUUGUCUGGGCGGACCCGGGGCGGGGGGACCCCCGCAGUCCCCGCCACCGCAGCAGCAGCAGCUCGCCGGGGAAUCGGGCUGGGGAGAGCCGCUCCCGAGGGACAGCAGCAUGGAGCAGGACCCGGAGCCCGCCAACGCCUCCCUGGCCGCCUCCGAGCUGCCCUCCUUGCCCCUGGCGCUCGGGAAGCGCCCGCCAGAGGGGUCGCAGCCGCUGAGAGCCGAGGCUGUGUCUGAAGCCCCGAGGCGCCGCGUGGAGGCGGCGGAGGCGGAGAGAGGCGGAGGGGGGGAAGGCGCCCCGGAGGGGCCGCCUCGGGCGCGGCACUGUUGCUGCCGCCGCCUUUGCUGUCCUCACAGCGCCCCUCGGGCAGACUGCGGCUGCCGCCAGCGCCAGGACGACGGGGCGCCGCCACCGCCCGUCUGUCCCCGCAAGAGGAGCGCCUCGGGGGUAGGGGGCGGCCCCGCGGGGUGCCUGGCUUCGGGUGGCUCCCCGGUGAAGAAACCCCGCCGGGACUCAGAGGAGCAGCCGGGAGAGGAGGAGGAGAUGGAGACCGGCAACGUGGCCAAUCUCAUCACCAUCUUCGGUUCCAGUUUCUCCGGACUCUUGCGUAAAACCCCCGGAGGCGGCCGGGAGGACGAGGACGGCGAAGAGGAGGAGUCGCCGCGCGGGGCGGAAGCGGAGGAGCCCGGGCCCAUGUACUGCGAUAAGCCGGUGUUAAGAAACCUCAACCCCUGGAGCACUGCCAUCGUGGCCUUCUGAUCGCCCGGGGCCGGGGCGGGGGAGGGGGGACGGGGGGCGGAGCCUGGCGCAGUCCUGCCCCGCCCUACUUCGGUGCGGCUCCACCCCCGGCCCAAGGCGACCCCCCCCUCGCCGCGGGCCGGCCAGCUGGACCUGUGCGGGGGGCCGCCGGAGCAGGACUCGGCCACCCUCGUCCGGCCCCGACAACACGCGGGGGUCUUGUGUUAUAAAGCUGUUUUUUGUAAGUUUAUUGUUGAAGUAAGGCUUUUUUGUCACAGGGUUUCUGGUCUGGGCUCGAGACGGGGGAGGGCGUGGAGCCGGGACUUUCCUCGGCGUCGAGAAGGAAGCGGCGCGGCCCAGGCUGGGGAGGCCCCCUGGCCCCUGGGGGGAAGGGACUUUCUGCACACUCCUCCAGGUCGCCCCCGGACCUUCCUCGUGGACUUCCCGGAGGACCGCAACCCGGCCUUAGCGCUGGUGCUGGGGGGAGGGGAUGCCAUUAAUUCCACCCCCCCCUUGUCCCUCGGCGAUUCCACCCCAGAAGCAAGCUUGAGGAGCUUCUUAGAAGAGAUCAAGCUGAGAAAUACCGAGUUUGUGAGGAAAUAUAUAUACAAAUAUAUAUAUAUUUUUAAAAGCUCUAGGUCAGAAUUAUUACACAGUGCUUUUAAAAAGUGUUUAAUGAAAAAGUUUACAGAUGCCCUAAUGGAAAGGCCUUAUGGCUUAGUAGAUUUGAUUACUCCCGUCUUUGUUGUAUAAAGGCUGGGGGAACUUGUAGAGUUUUUGUACAGUAUUUUCUUCGUGUAUUGAUUUUUUUUUUUUUGUAUAAAAUGUAACUUUACGUGUCUAACACGUAUUAAAUAUUUUGAAGCAA